AUGCUGAAAAAAGAAGAAAUAUGGCAAUCUAUUAAAUUUUUUCAAAAGUAGAAUAGGAGAGAAUUAGAUUAAACAAGAGAAUCAGAAGAUUAAUCAUCAUUUAUUUCUGAUAAUGAAAAAGAAAAUUUAUUUAAAAAUAAAUAGUAAUCUUGUUAAUGCAAAUAAUAAGUACUAUAACUUAAGAAAGAAUUCAUGCUUUAAAUUAGAGAGUUAAAGGCUUAACAUUAAAUUGAAAUAGAAAAUCUUUAAAAUCAAUUUUAAAAAUUAAUGAUUGAACAAAAACAAAAAUAUGAAUAAGAAAUUUCAUAGUUAAAAGAAGAUCUUGAAUUUUAUAUGUGUGAAUAGAAUGAUAAAGAAUUACUUGAAUUAAUAGAAUAGGAAUAGUAGAAAGAUAAAGAAAUAUUUUAGUAAUAAUUAGAAUAUUAAAUUACAGAGAAAUUAAAAUUGGAAUAAAAACUAAUGUAAAUUUUGGAAUUAUCUUAGUCAAUGUUAGAGAGAAUUAAAAUAGUAUUAAGAAUAAACAUAGUAAAUUUUGUCAAGUUAAAAUACACAGUAAAAUUACUAAUAGUUACAACAAAGUGUACAUAAGAAUUGUGCUCCUCAAUUAUUUAGAGAUACUAAUAGGAAAGUGAAAUUAUAAACUGAAGGAAUAGAUAGAUCAAUAGUAAAUGAUGAUAAUAGUAAUAAAGUGGGAAUAUGCAAUUCAAUUAAAAAUUUUAAUGCUAAUAUUAAGCAUAUGGAAAAAUCUCAAUAAUCAUAAUAUUGA